GCUCAGUCUGAUCGACGACAAAACGGGGAAAAGUUGUUGUAGGCAAAGUUUUACAAUGGUGACGCAGGAGCCCCCGCGUUGCUGCGGAUACUUCAGUGUGCACUCGGUGGUCUUAGGAGUGGCCGUUUACUACGUGUUCGUCAGCCUGCAGUCCCUGGUGUGGCAGACCGUGGAGGUGGUGAAGUGCCGCGGGGUUUGUGAAGGCCCAUGGGGCACUCCCGGACCUGUAAUGGUUAUGUAUUCGCUGGCCGUCGUGUUGCUGGUCUUGAGCCUGUGCCUUCUGUUCGGAGUGUUGCGCCGGCGAGCGGGUCUUCUGCUGCCCUUCCUGGCCUUUCAGAUAAUCGAUUUCUUGGGCUCGUUGCUGCUCUUCUGCGGCCUGUUUGUGCGCUUCCCCUCGGAGCUCCGUCUGGUCAGUACUAGGCCCUAUCUUGUUGGCUUGGAGUCGCAGGAGCGAGCUGUGGAAGCCAAGUCCUCCGUCCUUUUCAUCGUGCUGGCCAUGCUGUUCCUCCUGCUGAAGAUCUACCUGAUCCGCUGUGUGCUGACAUACUACCGCUUCCUGAUCACCAGAGUGGGCCCGCCACAGGGCGAACAAGACGGCCUGGCUCUCAUCGUUGUCCCUGGGUCCGAGAAGAACCCUCUGCUCCUUCCUUCCUAUGAAGAGGCCAUCCGCAUGCCGGCCAAAGACAGCCCUCCACCGCCAUACAGUCAGACAACAACCCCGGAGCCUCAGAAAGACGCUGUAUAACGGGGCUCCUUCUAGACUAUGGGGUGAAUUGUGGAUAAAUAAGACCCUAUAUCACUGAUCGUACAUAUGACUUAAAUGACUGCCUUCGCCUAUUGAUACCUGGAGACAGGCAUUUUCUAUAUGUAAUAUAACAGACACUACUUGCUAUGAAAUGGUUAAAAUGAUUGCCAGAUAUUGACACUGGGAACGUGAUCAAAGUCUACAACUGAAGAGAGAUGGUUAAGAUCCACCAACUGUGUGCAUACUUUUACUGGUUAAACUCUGUGUCAAUAGUCUAUAUUGCUCUCCUUUGUUGACUAAGUUUAGUCCUUGGGUAUUACAUAACUUUUUACCAGCUGCAAGUCAGUCUUUCCGACUGUUACUUCCUUUUACAUGUAACUUAGAUCUGCCUGGAAAGACCUAUAAUGUUUAGUAUUACUCAAGGGCAACCAGUGUCUCAGGAGGCCCUCUACUAAACAUUAACACAUUUAUUUCUGAUCCACCAAUUGUCUUACAGUCUGACUCAAAGAAAACAAA